UGUUUUUUUCAGAGAUUGCCGCAGACUCCAGUGUCUGUGGGGAUCAUCAUUCCUCGAAAAUUUCACUGGCAAUCAUUCUGUUAUCCUUAAUGACCCUAAAAUGCUCAGAUAUGUGGUCUUCCCUCUGCUGAUUAGAAACCACAGAUAUGUUGUGUGUUCCGUGACUGUAUACAUCACAUUGAAGUCGGAGUGUAACUCAUGCAGUACCCAGCAGCAAGCAGAAUGCAAGGAAUCUCCAGUAUUCCCCUGUCUCACACCAGAAGCCCAGUUCACUACUAAAAGGACAAGUGAGAGGAGAGAGAGGCAGAGCCAGAGAGCAGUCAGGGGAGGAUUCACACCGCUGUGUUUGAGAAGAGAAACGUACGGUCUUGUCCUGUUCUUGCUCUGCUCUGCUCUUGUUGCCUCAGGUGUGCGUGCUCCUCCUCCCUCCCUUUUCCACGGUGCCUGCUGUCAGCUCCAUCCCUGGGUGGCUGAGGCCAUGGUGUUGGUGCUGCGAGCCCUGCUGCCCUCCUGCUUCUUCUCCUGCUUCACCCUUCUUCUCUCCGUGGACCUGCUGCCUGGAGUGGAACCUGCUGUGCCCCUGGAGGACUUCUACCCCUUUGGCCAGGACAAGGGAGACUCCCAGACCAUCUCUCAGGACGACGGAGGCUCCGGUCUCGUGGAAAUCUCUGUCGCUUUCCCCUUCUUUGGAGACAGGCACACAGGACUCUAUGUUAACAACAAUGGCCUUGUGUCUUUUCUGAGGGAGGUGUCUCAGUUUACACCUGUUGCUUUUCCAAUCGCCGGGGACAGGAGAGUUGUAGCGCCUUUCUGGGCUGAUGUGGACAACCGUAGGGCAGGGAAAGUAUUCUACAGAGAAAGCCUGGAUUCUCAUAUUCUGAGGAGAGCUUCAAGUGAUGUCAAGACGUACUUUUCAGAGUUCCCCAACUUCAGCGCCACAUGGGUCCUCAUCUCCACAUGGCACCAAGUCACCUUCUUUGGAGGAAACUCACUGACACCGGUAAAUACUUUCCAAGUGGUGCUCAUUACAGAUGGAGAGCUUUCCUUCACUAUAUUCCAGUACAAUAACAUCACGUGGACCACAGGAAUGCAUGCCAGCAGUGGAGGAAACCUGGUUGGGCUGGGUGGGAUUGCAGCACAGGCAGGUUUCAAUGCUGGCGAUGGCAAGCGCUAUUUCAACAUCCCCAGCUCUCGCACAGCUGACGUCGUAAACGUGGAGGAAACCACUAACGUGGGCUAUCCGGGCAGAUGGGUCUUCCGCAUAGAUGAUGCACACGUGGAAGUAGGCGGCUGUAAUAACUCUGCAUCAGUGUGCCCACACCUGCGACCGUGUCUGAACGGAGGCCAGUGCAUUGAUGACUGUAUUACAGGCAACCCCUCCUUCACUUGCUCCUGUUUGGCUGGGUUCACAGGUCGUCGAUGCCAGAUUGAUGUGGAUGAAUGUGCCUCUUAUCCUUGCCAGAACGGGGGAACUUGUAAAGACCAGAUUAAUAGUUUCAUCUGUCAGUGUCCUGCUGGAUACACUGGGAUUCAGUGUGAAACAGACAUUGACGAGUGCAAAGACAGACCGUGCCUCAACAACGCAGUGUGUGUACAAGGUGUUGGCAGUUUCACCUGUGUGUGUGAACCGGGUUACACUGGUGUUCUGUGUGAGAUAGACAUAAAUGAGUGUGAAUCACAGCCCUGUCUGAAUGGAGGAGAGUGUAUCGAUCAAGUGGCAAACUUCACCUGCAUUUGUCCUGCUACCUUCACUGGAAUGUUCUGUGAGACAGAGCUGAUGGUGCUUCAGGUGAAUUCAACUGAGGAAGGAAACCAAACAGCCUCCUGUGAUGAGGAAAACUGCAAGAAGAACCAAAUUUGUGAAUUCACCAGCUCAGAAAUAUACAACUGUACAUGUGCUCCAGGCUUCUAUGGUGACAAGUGUGAAGAGGAAUGUCUAUGCCAGAAUGGGGGGGUCUGUGUGGACAUUAAUGGGACUUGUGAAUGCCCCACAGGCUACACAGGACUCUACUGUCAGUUUGAAGUCACCCAGACUCCAUGCAGUAACAACAGGCCGUGUCCUGAUGGGGGUCCUUGUCUGGAGUAUGGAGGAACCUACCUGUGUACAUGUCAGACCAGUGGAGCAGAACUAGAUCACAAGGACUUCUAUCCCUAUGUACAGCCCCGAUCGGUCUGCGACUCGUCCCCGUGUCUGAAUGGGGGCUACUGCUACGAGCGGGACGGAGGAUACACCUGUGAAUGCAAAUAUGGAUACUGGGGCAAGCACUGCGAGAAAGUUAGACUCAAUACCUGUGCUUCUGGUCCCUGUCGCAAUGGAGGCUCCUGUAAGGAAGAGGCAGGGAGCUACCGGUGUGUGUGUCCAUACAGAUUCACUGGGAAACACUGUGAAGUGGGAAGGCCAGACCCCUGUGCCUCCAGCCCCUGUCUAAAUGGGGGGACAUGUUUUCAUUACAUAGGGAAGUAUAAAUGUGAAUGCACUGAGGACUUCAGCGGCCGGCACUGUGAAAUAAACAGGAGCUCGGUACAUUCUUCAGAUCUGGGCUGUGGGCCGCCUCCACAAGUCAAGCAUGCUGAAGUCCAUUUCUCCUCUACAACACCGGGCUCCAUGGCCGUGUAUAUCUGCCAUCCAGGAUUCACACCUGUGCCCAGAGCAACCCAGAGCAUCUGUGGGAUUCAAGGAGAUUGGAGCCAGCCACCCAUCUGUGAGGAGGUCAACAAGUGCCUGUCACAGCCUUGUCUUAACGGGGGCACAUGUCGGGACCAGAUAGGAUCCUACAUGUGUGAGUGUGCUAAAGGCUUCAGUGGAAACCGCUGUCAGACAGACUUAAAUGAAUGCUUAUCGGACAUCUGCAAGAACGGGGGGACGUGUGAGAAUCAGCCUGGCUCCUACUUUUGUCACUGUCCACAAGGCUUCAAAGGGCAGAGUUGUGAAAUAGAGCAGGAUGUGUGUGAGUCCAACCCCUGUCUAAACGGAGGUGUGUGUCGAGGUUACAGACGGAAUUAUUUGUGCGUGUGCAAAGAGGGUUUCUUUGGAGACCAGUGCCAAAUGUUGGAGGAUCCAUGUGUGCUGAAUCCAUGUGGAAAUCGAGGCGUCUGCACCAGUGACAGGAGAGGAAACUACAACUGUGUCUGUUAUAUAGGACACACAGGCAAAGACUGUGAGAAAGACCUGUUGCCUCCCUCUGGUCUCCAUGUGCUGCGAGUGGAGGAAAACGAGGUGGAGCUGCGCUGGGAUGAGCCAGAGCCUUCCCAAAGUCUGGUUAGUGGCUUUGCUGUCAAGUAUGCUCCCCUGGGUCGGGGUAAUCGCAAGACAGACAUACUGGACAGGCAGCAGUUCACCCACGUCAUGCGAGGCCUGGUGCCCGGCCUGCUCUACAACAUCUCCACCAUCUCCCUCAAACACAACAGCAAUAGCAGUGACUACAGCCGGCCCGCCACCGCACUGAUACGCACCAGACCUCGGCGUGUGGAGCAGCUGCAGGUGGUGAACGUGUCUUCCUCACAGGUUUGGUUGCGUUGGAUGGUUCAGGCGGCUCGUCAUGCAGCAGUCAGCCGGGUCCGAGUGUCUCUGUUGCCUUCAGGUGGAAGUGAUGCUCACACAGCUGUGUUGAAUGCCAGCGCCACCGAGUACACCUUCAGUUCAUUACUUCCUGGUCAGAUGUACGCGGUGGAUGUUUUGACGCAAAGUGGAAUCAGACCUGAUGAGUUUCCGUCCACUAGUCAUUCAGCUGGACCACUAACAUUUUGGACAAGGCCUCUUCCCCCUCAGAACCUUUCACUGUCACAUGUGACCACUAACUCAGCACUGAUCACCUGGAGCCGCCACCCGAGACACAUCCCAGAUGGCUUUGUGGUGAACGUGACCCGGGGGUUGAAUACCAGGAGUCGCUUCCUGCCCAAUGGGAAAUUAGGAUCAUAUACUGUCCGUGAACUGACUCCAGGACAGCACUACUAUGUGGCACUCACAUCUGUGAAGAACACAGGGCAGGAGCCCAUCCACAGCAUACCUCAACACUUAGCCUUCACUACCCUGCCAAUGGAGGCUAGAUCAGGGAGAAGAAGAGAAGAAAGGCCAAGAGUGACAGUACAAGGGCCUCAGGUCGGACACACCGUUACCCCAUCUCAGCCUCAGGACCUGGGAGGCACAGCAGAGACUGACAACUCACAAGAACUGCCCAGGUACACAGAACUCAUUGACAGAAGAGGAAAGAUAACAGCAAAGUUCACUAACAUGCCGAGAAAAGCUAUUCGACAUCGAAAUAAACCUGACCCACCAAUUAGAUUAGAGAAGAUGGAGGAGACAACAAACAAAAUCAGCCUUGCACUAGAGAUUCAAGAGGAAGGCUUAAGAACAAAGCCUGAGCUGCCUCAGGACUGCCGCAGUCUGCCCUGCCAGAAUGGGGGUACAUGUGUGAGCGGAGGUGACUCCUUCAUCUGCGACUGCGCAGUGGGCUUCAAGGGCAGACAGUGUGAACUGUUAUGCCAGCGAGUACCACACCCAUGUACCCGUCUCUACUCAGAAACAAAGAGUGUGCCUGUGUGGGAGGGCGGAGUGUGCCAUUACCUAUACAAACGGACUUAUAAAGUACAGCAGGAUGUUUGUUAUCGAGAGAUUUGUGAACCUUUGCUUCCAAAGAAAAGUCAGAUCAGAAGAGCAAACAGACAACAAUAAAGAGCACUUGGAUACUGAUGAAAGGACUGUCAUCGCUGUCAUGUGAAAGACCUCCUAACUUCAAUUUUGGUGUUUAUAAUCUACUUGAAGUAACUGAUUAUGGUCAUUUUUUUGUGCUGAGAAACCCUGUCAUAACCCACUGUAUCAUCUCAAAAACACAUCAUCCUCCAUCUGAAAUUACAGUACGUUUGCAUGUGUCGAUUUCCGAGAGCUGACUUUGUGGAGCGUUCUUAGCACCGUGGACCAAAAUGGACCAAAACAUUUAUCAUUUGCAAUGUUGGAUUCUUUAAACAAAUACAUAUGCAAAGAUAAGCAGUCCUUUGCACCGCAUCCGAGACCUUAUAUACCUCAUUUCCAUGUCCGUGCUGACACAUUAGGAGAGGUUUUUCAUUUGUGAUUCAGCUGCAGGUUUGUCCCUCAGGGAAAUAACUGUAGAGUGUCUCCGAUCGUUUUCUUCUGCAUCCCCGCGUCUCAUUUCAAAGACUUACAGUUCAGCUGUUCUUGAUAAUGAUGCACAGUGUUUUCUGUGUACAAUAUCUUCCUCUGUGUUUUAGCAGGCAUCACUGCUCGCUACUCUGUAAAUAGUGUUUAUAGGCCAUUUUGUAGGUGAAUAUUUUAAUAAUAAAAAUGUUAAAAUGUU